GAGCGCCGGGAGCUGAUGCUGCGGCUGCAGGCGCCCGGGCCGGCCGCGCGGCCGCGCUGCUUUCCUCUGCGCGCCGCGCGCCUCUUCACCCGCUUCGCCGCCGCCGGCCGGAGCGCGCUGCGUCUGGCUGCCGACGGGGCUCCCGGGCCCGGCGCCGGCACCGUGCAGCUGCUGCUUUCUGAUUGCCCUCCGGACCGCCUGCGCCGCUUCCUACGCACGCUGCGCCUCAAACUGCUGGCUGCUCCAGGGCCCGGGCCCGCGCCUGCCCGAGCGCAGCUGCUGGGCCCGCGGCCCCGAGACUUCAUCACCAUCAGUCCCGUGCAACCGGAGCAGCUGCGCCGAGCCGCGGCCACCCGGGCCACGCCGGAGAAGGUGCCGCCAAAGAAGGCCAGGGCUGCAGCUGAGCACAGCAAAGAAGCUCUGAGGUGGCCCCUGCCUGUGAAGAGGCUGAGCUUGCCUUCCACCAAGCCAAAGCUCUCUGAGGAACAGGUUACAGUGCUGAGUGUUGUCCUGAAAGGCCAGAGUGUUUUCUUCACGGGGAGUGCAGGGACAGGGAAGUCAUACCUGCUGAAGCGUAUCCUGGGCUCACUGCCUCCCACGGGCACCGUGGCCACGGCCAGCACUGGGGUUGCAGCCUGUCACAUUGGGGGUACCACCCUCCACGCCUUUGCAGGCAUUGGUUCCGGCCGCGCCCCUCUGGCCCAGUGUGUGGCUCUGGCCCAGAGGCCCGGCGUGCAGCAGGGUUGGCUGAACUGCCAGCGGCUGGUCAUUGAUGAGAUCUCCAUGGUGGAGGCAGACCUGUUUGACAAGCUGGAGGCUGUGGCCAGAGCUGUCCGAAGGCAGGACAAGCCCUUUGGCGGAAUUCAGCUCAUCAUCUGUGGGGACUUCCUACAACUGCCACCGGUCACCAAGGGCUCUCAGGCCCCACAGUUCUGUUUCCAGGCCAAGAGCUGGAAGAGGUGUGUCCCAGUGACCCUGGAGCUGACCGAGGUGUGGCGGCAGGCAGAUCAGGCCUUCAUCUCCCUGCUGCAGGCUGUGAGGCUGGGCAGGUGCACCGAUGAAAUGACCCGCCAGCUCCAGGCCACGGCUGCCCAUAAGGUGGAGCGGGAUGGGAUUGUAGCCACUAGGCUCUGCACACACCAGGAUGACGUGGCCCUCACCAACCAGAGGUGGCUGCAGGAACUGCCAGGUGAGGUGCACAGCUUUGAGGCUACGGACAGUGACCCUGAACAGGCCCGGACCCUGGACGCCCAGUGCCCUGCUAAUCGUCUCCUUCAGCUAAAGCUAGGGGCCCAGGUAAUGCUGCUGAAGAACCUAGCCGUGUCCCGGGGCCUGGUCAAUGGGGCCCGAGGGGUGGUCGUGGGGUUUGAGGAGGGGAAAGGACUGCCCCAAGUAAGAUUCCUGUGUGGGGUCACUGAGGUCAUCCGUGCUGACCGCUGGACAGUACAGGUCACUGGGGGUCAACUCCUCAGCCGGAAGCAGCUGCCCCUCCAGCUGGCCUGGGCAAUAUCCAUCCACAAGAGCCAGGGGAUGUCCCUGGAUUGUGUGGAAAUCUCUCUGGGCCGAGUAUUUGCCAGCGGCCAGGCCUAUGUGGCACUCUCCAGGGCCCGUAGCCUGCAGGGCCUACGUGUGCUGGACUUCAACCCCACGGUGGUGUGCUGUGACCCCCAAGUGCUGCGCUUCUAUGCUGCCCUGCCUCGGGACGGGGGGCUCAGGCUGGAGUCCCCAGAUGAUGAGGCAGCCUCGGACCAAAACAUGGACCCGAACCUCUGAGCUCAGCCCUAAAGAGAAGACAGAGGGGGUCUCCCCAUCCUCCUGCUCCCACUGAGAAGCCUGGAGGUUGGGGGAGGGGGGCUAGAAGGGUGGCCAAGGCCCCUUCCUCCCUUCUUCAGGGGGCUCUGCCUCCUGGCAGGGCUGAAGGGAGAGUGCUUCCCUCAGUUUGCCAGCAGCCUAUUCCCACCUCUUCCCCGGGUGAACUGCUUUCUGUGGCAGCUAGGAAUGGGCUUGUAGUGGCACCAAGUGUCAGAGGACAAAGCUGUGUGGGCUGGCCAUAGGACACAUGGUUUCCCACACUGCGGCUGCAAUGGAGAGAGGCCAGAUACUGCCUAGCCCAACAUUGCCCAGACAAGCACUUCCUGGGCCUAACCUGAUCUUAUGCACGACAAGUGAAUGCCCAUAUUUCAAGCUGCUUUUGUUGGGGUGCAGGGACAAGUAUUGAGGACAUUGAAAUGUAUUCUAUCAGAUUGUAUUUAUUUAAGCAAAUAAACUUGUGAAUUGUGUAAGUA